AUGGCUGUCGAGCCUAAUGCUGACGAAGCUCUCCUGCAAGUGCUAAGUGUGGAUAAGUUCCUCUACGAAGACGGGGUGUAUGCAUUUUCCCCGGAGCGUGUCGAGCUCGCAAAGAAGCUUUGCUUUGAGAGAUUGAAGCUGUUGGUGCAGAGCGGCCAGUGCCGGAGGAUUGUUUGCACUUGUGGAUGUCCCGGCGCUGGCAAGAGCACCUGGAUCGCUGCGCACGGUCGAGAAGAGCGCGCCGUUUUCUUCGACGACUUGUUGUACACAGCCAGACAUCGCACACAAUUCUUGCAGAAUCUGAAAAGCUACGAGAUCGAGGUCCCAGUCGAGAUCGUGGCCAUCGAGAGAGACUUCGAAGCAGCGCUUGCUUCCAACUCGGCUCGGCCGGCUGAUCGGCAGGUGCCGCUCGAGGCCAUGCAGAAGUUCCGGGACAACUACACCAGACCUGGUCAGGACGAAGGAUUUUGCAGAGUGCGAGUUUUCAGCAAUUCGUUCGAAGACAAGACCGGGCGCGGAGGGUUCAACCUCGAAGUCCAAGCAGAGGCGCUCCGGCAGAUGCAAGAAGAAGUGAGCUGCAAACUGCCUGAUCUUCGCAGCGAAGGUGACUCUCACUGGCUAGCAAAUGGAGCGCAAGUGGAGCUGCAUGGACUCCAGAAAGCUCAGACCUUGAACGGCCUACGCGGUGAAAUCAUUGGCUUCGAUGACAAGCAGCUGAGAUACCGUGUGCGGCUCCACUCCGACAACACUGUGAAGGUUGUUGCCAAGAAGAACCUGCGACUGCUGACGCUGGAGGACAGAGUGCUGUUCGUGGAAACCGGUACUUUUUUGGGUCAAACUGUGGUCGCACUGGCAGCACACUUUGAUGAGCUCCAUACAAUAGAAGUGGACAGCAAGCUCUUCGAGGCCGCGAAGCUUGCAUCUUGGAAGGCAGCGCAUCCGAUUCACUUUCACCUUGGACAUUCGGCACAUGUGCUGGAGAAGAUCCUGCCUGGCUUAAUGGGCCCAGCUGUUUUCUACCUCGAUGCACACUACUCGGGUUCAGUGACAGGCGGUGCCUUUUCGGAAGUACCUUUGCUGGAGGAGCUGGUUGUUUUGGAGCGUCAAUUUGUGCAUGCAGGCCUCGUCGUGAUUGAUGAUAUGGAUCUUUUCAGCAAAGUGAAUUUCUUUGAGAGGGUGAGCGGCAAGACUGGCAAGAGUUGUGGGGAGAGGGCAUCGGACUGGCGCCCUAUCAGUUGUCAGUCAAUUUGUAGGUGCUUCGCAGCCGAGCGAGUGCAACACAGCUUUCCCACGCGUUCGGGAAACCGCUACAUCCUCUGUCUAGGAGCCACUGCCAGCGGCAAAGAUUCUGAGCCACAGCUGAACACCGCUUGCUUGACAUAUGGUGCUGCUUGCCCAGACCUUGCCUGGAGAUCCUACGGCGCUUCACACUGGCUGUCAGUCCCUGGCCAUCCACUGAACUUGGACGGUCUCAGACGCCUUCGUGCCGAAGGACCCUGGUGGUCUUCCAUUGCUGAUGCCAUGGAGACUGAGCCCGGAGCUAAGCAAAAAAACGCGCACCAGCAUCGCAACUCCUUGGGCAGCUCUUCCACACAAUUUCUGGAGGUGGUCAAGCAAAUGAGCGAUGCGAGGAGUGAAACAUCGAAGCUUUGCGAGAAGUCGGUGGACGUGAAGCUGACGCGGCAACAGGCCAUCAUGAUGCAUGAUGAUUUGCUGGAGGUUUACAUGGAGGAGGGCUUUCAGCGAAGGUUGGAAGCAGCCUGGGCGGCCGCCGGCGAGAAGCGGGCGCUCCAACAGAAAGCCAAGCGAGAGGUCUGUCUACCAUUGCAGAUGCCCAUCGUUGCAAAGUAUGGCUUUGAACCCACUGAGAAGGGAGUCUUUGCCAGUCUCUGGUCUAUACGCACCACUUUCUUCAACUUCGCGACCGAAGCGAGCAUGGACGUUGAAAUGACACGGAAGGCUGAACUGAUGCAUUUCCUCGUGACGCCAGGAGCAGAGCUCCAACAACACGCUGCGCCGGCCGCGCAACUCAGCGGGUCCACACGCAGUCUCCCAGCACCCAGUCAGUCCAGGGACCUGGUGCCGGCAGGAGCUCCCCAGAUGCCAGGCCCACCCGCGGGUCGCAUCACGCGUGAGAUGGUUCUCAAGGCAGUCGACCGGGUAAAAGUAGACACUGUGGCUUUGCAGCAGCGAAUCGCCGCGCGGCAGGCGGGAGGCGGCAUGACGACCUCAGACAUUUGCGACGUGUACUUGAGGCUCGUCGCCUCCGAAGAAUCAUACCGAGAAGUCAAGGAGCUCUACCAAAGCCAGAACGGCCGUGAUGAGGAGCUUGAGCUGCUAGGAAAUGCGGCCUUGGAAAGUAGUGAGGUCGUUGCAGAGCAAUACUUCGAAGUCCGAUCGUGGCAAGAGUAUUUCCAGGAUGAGGUCAACGUGACCAAGUACAGUGUGAAGAAACACGGAAUACUGGGCACUCUGAAGAACGAGGUCGUUGAGGUCGGCAACGACGUGAAGGACCUCGGCCGUGGAGCUGCCACGGUAGUUCAAACUGGACGAGAGCAGGUACCGCAUUUGGUACGAGCUGCGACGGACACGAUGGGCAACGUAGUGCAGACCGGAAGCGCUGCAGCAGCUUCUACCGGGGCGAGCUUUGCUGCGAGGAGCCAAGAACAUCUCACCUCGGCUGUCCAUGAAACCGUUGUGGCACCGGUGAAGCGUGCGUGGCAUUUGAUGGCGACAGGCUUCAUUCUGUGCGUUCUCGUGCCGCUGUUUGCUCUCAGGACGUAUGCUCCCCUGAACUCCGUGGUGUCAAACCUAGGCCUGCUUUGGCUCUUGAUUUGCACAUGCUGUCCACCCAGGGGCAUGAACGGAAGAGCAGGGAAGUCUGCGCUGCUGCUGCUCUAUCCAUUGAUAACGGUGGUUUUGCCACUGGCACUUCACUACUGGGCAACUCAUCCUCAGCUCUCACAAGAUGUCGGCGAUAUGUUCCGUCGAUUGCCGGAGCAAUUGGGCCGAAUUCCUGAGCAGCUGAAGGAGCUGCCUGGCAUCAACAAGCUGCGGUGUAGCGAUAACGACCAGAGCUGCCCUACGCCCAGUCUGAGAGGGUCAGAGGCACUAGAACCUGGGCCAGGGUCGUAG